CCCGAGAUAAGCGGGAUGGCUGGCAGGGUGCCGGCGAUUCUGGGAACUGCCCCUCCUCCUGCCCCUCCUGCCCGUGGCACGGCCACCCCGGGUUCAGCAGCCCCACCACCAUUCUGGGCACCUCCGACCGAGGCUUUAAACACGGUCCUGGCCACACACGGCAUCCCCGGCAGCACUAUGGGGCUGGGGGUUUUCUUCAUCCUGGGGCUCCUGGUCCUCAGGGCAGAGCUGGGCCCUACACCAGAGACAGGCGGGCAGCCGCAGAAGCCGGGGAGGUGCCCGCGGGACUUCACCCGCUGCCUGCGCCUGCAGCCCCCGCUCUGUGCCAACGACUCCGGCUGCCCCGGCUGGCACAAGUGCUGCCCGCGGGACUGCCGACUCCGCUGCAUCCCCCCGGCAGAAGAGAAACCCGGUGCCUGCCCGGCAGCGGCCCCCGAGGGGCUCUUCGUCCCCUGCUCCUUCCCCUGCCUGGAGGACAAGGACUGCGUGGGAGCGCAGAAGUGCUGCCCGCUGAGCUGCGGCCCAGCCUGCCUGGAGCCCGUGCGGGCUGAGGACACCCCCGCCAUCCCGGGCUGCCCGCGGGGCCUCUCCACGCCGCCGGCAUCUGCCACCUCCACGCCCACACUGGCCCCCACGGCAGUCACGCAACGCGUCCCCGACAGUUCCGCCGGGAGUCCCAACACCGAAGGAACCCCUACGGCCACUCCAGCGUGGCAGGAGGGGACGAGGUGCCGGAGUGACGGAGACUGCGGCGACGGGGAGAUGUGCUGCGACGGGCGGUGUGCGGAGCUGUGCAUCGCCGAGCGCCAAGCAAAGCCUGGGUUCUGCCCGGUCCGCGCCGGGCUGUUCCCCAGCUACGACUGCCGAUCCCGGUGCUGGCACGACUUCGAGUGCCCCGGCGAGCAGAAGUGCUGCCUGAGCGGAUGCGACUACGUCUGCCUGCCCCCGGCUCCAGAAAAACCGGGCAUCUGUCCCCUCCUGACCGAGGAGCCGCUUGCUACCGUGGCCCCGUGUGGACCCUCCUGCACCGGGGACGGGCAGUGCCCCGGGGCCCACAAGUGUUGCAGGACCAGAUGUGGCCACAUCUGUGUGGCCCCCGAGCCAGACAAACCCGGAGUGUGCCCGAAGGUGAAGCCGCUGCAGCCGCCGGAGCCGUGCACGGAACAGGAUUCCUGCGUCCACGACAGGGACUGUCCCCGACAGGAGAAGUGCUGCUUCUCCGGCUGCGCCAUGCGCUGCGCCCGCCCUGCCCGCGAGCACCCCGGGGAGUGCCCCCCGGCAGAGCCGUGCUGGGACCCCCGCCGCCGGCGCGGGAGCCGGUGCUUGGACGACAGCGUCUGCCAGCAUGAGGAGAAGUGCUGCGGUACCGGCUGCGGCUGGGACUGCGUGCCCGUGCCCAGAGAGAGAUGGGACGGGGCCGGCGGCCGCUGCACAGAGGAGUGCGAGGCCGAUGCGCAGUGUCCCUGGGGACAGAGGUGCACCAGCACCGGCUGCGGCCGCGUCUGCAUGGACAUCCCCGGGGCCGGGUGCUCUCCUUGCAGGCAGAGUGGGAGUGUGUCCCGUCACCAGGGAGGGGGGGACCUGCCUGGACCUCUGCAGCCUGGACGAGGAGUGUCCCUGGGGCCACAAGUGCUGCAGCAACGGCUGUGGACACGUCUGCACACCCGCCUCUCUGCAGGUGAUGAGUAUGCACGGCCUCAGCUUGGAGCCGCCCUUGUCACUGUCCCCUCCUGCCCGCAGAGCGUGAGGCCGUGUCUGUGGCCCAGCAUGGUUCUGUGCCGUGCAGGGAGGCUUGCAAGGCUGACUCACAGUGUCCCUGGGGACAGAGGUGCACCCGCACCAGCUGUGGCCACAUCUGCACAGACAUCCCUGGAGGCAGAGUGGGAGUGUGCCCCAUCUCCAGGGGCCGUGGGACAUGCCUGGACCUCUGCAGCCUGGAUGAGGACUGUCCCGGGGGCCACAAGUGCUGCAGCAAUGGCUGCGGCCAUGUCUGCACCCGGGUGCCUGGUGACACUGCAUGACAGGGGAGCAGCAACUCCUUGGCAGGAGGACACCUUCUUUAGGGAAGACCGGGUGGUGAUGGGCCCCAGCUGGCCUGUCCUCUUCCCAACACUUCCCUCAAUAAAACACCGGUGUGGCCACCUCCAGGCCCCCCAAGACUCAGUAGCACCAGGCUGGCCCCACCAGCCCCAGGACACCCCUUCAGCUCCUGGAGCAGCCCCAGUUUUCCCAUGGAUCGCUGGGUUUAGGGGCUCAGCCCAUACCAGGGAUGGUGCCAUGGGGCCAGUGAAGCAGACACAGAUCCAUGGGGCCAGGGCCAGGCUGUGGGAUGGGCACCACCCCGGGCAUCCACUGAGGCGGGGGUGGGGGCUGGGGCCAGGUCUUCUCCAUUUUGUCACUUUAGAUCCCAGCCGGGUCAUGUCAGCAGCUUGAGGGCAGAGCCAAGCCAGAAGCCCAUCCAGAGGCAGUGGGGGCUGUGACGUGGUGGCCAGGCAAGCCCUGAAGCCACAAACCCUGAUCCUGAGGGCA